AUGAGCUCCCCAGAUGAGGUGUCUGUGUGGGGAACGGGUUUCGGCCCAGAGGGCGGGGAGCGGGCCGGCGUCCGCCCGGCCGGCCGCGCAGUUCCGCGGGGACCCGACCGCGGCGCCGAGCCCAGGAAGCCGCCGAGCGGCGGGGGCGGGAGCGGCUGCCGGGAUCCCAAGGGCUUCCAGUCAGAGCGGGAGAUGCUGGAAGCGGGAGGGCCGGUGCUGUGUGGCCGCGAAGGCCGACCUGGCUCCCCGGAUGACGACACGAGGGACCUCCUGGACCUGUUCGAGGAGUCUGCGGCGGGCACCACGCAGCAGCUGUACGACUGGGACGUGCUGGACUUCUGCAGAUACCCGUUGGAGGAGCCCUGCGCCUCCUUCGAAGUGUCCGCCGGCCUCGAGGCGGGUCCCGGCCGUCCAGGAGCGACCGCCCAGAGCUGUGGGGAAGCGCCGCCGGCUCUGGCCGGCCCUCUCCACCUCGGUGGGCCCGAAGCGGGCCGGGCCUGGAGGAAGCCUAAGAGAGCCACUAAGCGUAGGUUGAACGUGGCUGCGGAUCGCCAGCGGUUCUCCUAUGAAGGCCGGGCCCGGCAGCUAUCCGACUCCGAGUCCUCAGAUGAGUUCAGUGACACAGAGCUGAUGACGGUGAGUACUUACCCCGGAGGAGGAGGCCAGGCCGAGCCCAGCAGACCCGAGGAUCCCGGGGACACUCCCAGACACUCGAAUUUCCAAGUCAGGGAGAAUUUCCUUCCCGUGACAGGCUCUUCCCUGUCCUCGGCUCUGCGAGGACUCUCUUCGGUUGUGGAAAGGCAGGGCGUGGGAGAGCAGGGCAUCUCUUCCCCUAAGAAAAUGCAGAGCGUGCUCUGGGGGAACGGGGGCAGCAAGCCCAGCUACCCGGGAGCUGCUGCUGCUGCUGCUACGGCAGGUGGCCUGCCGCAGGUCACUCCUAGGAAGAAGGGGACCCUGGAGAAGAAAUCCCUCGGGGGAGCCUCCACACUUGCCCUGGGGAAAAACUUCCCUUCCUGGGGGCAGCGAAUCUGGGCACCUCCGCUGGAACCGGCCACCUUCCCCCCAGUCUCUGGUAUUCCGCUGCUUGGGAGAUCCAAGAGGUAUACCUUGGUCCCUUCUGGAACCAAACAGGCCAAGCACACCAGCGCUGGGAAGAAAUCCGUGGUCACGUGGACAAGGGAGUCUGAGGCUGUGGCGGGAGAAGAUAAGGACCCAAAUAGAGACCCAGCCCCAAAGGGCCAACUGCCAGCUCACAAGCCAGGGACACCUUAUCUGCGCAUGCAUCGUGGAAAAGCCAGCAGUGGCGAGGUCGACACCAGAGGCCCCCAAGAUCCAGGAAACUCAGAGCCCUUGGCCCUGAACCAGGGAGAAGUCAUGCCCAGGGGGCCUGCCCCCUCAGGUGACUGGGAGCCACUUGACCAUCCCCCAAGACCGGAAACGCCGCAGCAGCCACUGGGAAUGCCGGGCUGUCCUUCGGUUGAGCCCAUCGUCUUCCUGCAGGAGGGGCAGCUGAGACAGUCAUUCCAGGUCUUGUGUCCCUGCAGACACUCUGGAGAGUGUGAAGCUAAGUACAGGCUGGAGACCACCAUCACAGGAACUCGCUUCCCAGUGCACACUAUGGAGGCCUCUAACCACAGUGUGCACACUGGGGGAAAAGUGAAACCAGAAGAGAAAUACUGCCCCAAGCCCUCAGGACCCGGCUAUAUCCCAGACCAAUGUGGAGACUGCCAUCACACCUGGGAGAAACCCAACUUCCUCAGGGCUCUUAACUCUGGCCCCUCAGGUCCCAACCCCACACCUGAAAGGGCAGUGAGGGCCAUUGAGCAGAGAAGCAGCCCCAGCUCACACCUUAUUCUGGCUCUAGCCCCUUCAACUCCAGACCUGUUUCCCACCCGGGCAGUGACUGCCACCACGCCCUAG